AUGUCUAAGCUGCAUGUAAAGACAGAUAAUAAUCAAUUCAAGGACAUGGCAAAUUGCCUGAGACAAUGGGCAUCUUCAUUCACAGUUCUCACCGUCAUGUGCAAUCAUUGUUCACCCUGGCACAGAGACUCUCAAUGCUUUGCUCAAUGGUUUGAUAUAAUAACCAGUGUUGGUGAUUAUGGACCAGUGCGAAUGAAAUUGGCAAAUAUUAGGAUUGAAAUUGCCUAUAAUUCAGGCAUUAUGAUAGGUACUUCAAGUAGAAUUGUUGGGCAUGGUGUAGACAGGGUGAACAGUAAUAGAGUUAGCUGGGUGUGA